AUGGGAGAUAUCGUUGCAGUGACUAGCAACUUGAAGAACGGUGGUUCUUCGUCAAUCCAGUGUCCGAUGCUCAACGACACUAAUUAUACCGUAUGGACAAUGAGAAUGCAAGCAGCAUUGAAAGUUCACAAGUCGAUACCGGAAUCUUUACUUCUUCAAGUGGGGAACCUUGAUACCGCAAAAGAGAUUUGGGAGGCAAUAAAGAUGAGGCAUAUGGGAGCUGAUCGUGUGCGUGAAGCCCGCUUACAAACCCUAACAGCAGACUUCAAUCGACUAAAGAUGAAGGAGACUGAUACGAUUGAUAGUUUUGUUGGGAAAAUCUCUGAAUUAUCAACAAAAUCGGCAGCACUAGGGGAGAUCAUUGAGGAGCCAAAGGUUGUUAAGAAAUUUCUUCAUAGCUUGCCAAGAAAGAAAUACAUACAUAUCAUAGCUGCCUUACAACAAGUUGUUGACCUCAACAAGACAAGCUUUGAAGAUAUCGUAGGACGGCUAAAGGCAUAUGAAGAGAGAAUCAAUGAUGAAGAAGAAGAAGAAAAACAAGAAGAUCAGGAGCAAAGCAAACUAAUGUAUGCUAAUAACGACUCACAGCAGCAACCUUACCAAGAAAAAUAUGACUCCACGAGAGGGAGGCAGAGGUGGUCGUUAUGGCUAUCGAGGAAGAGGCCGUGGACGAUACGGAAAUCAAAGGAAUGGAGGAUACUACCGCCAAGAACGAGAUGCAUCACGGGUGAAACACAAGAAAGUGAAGCGAAUACUACACGUGAAGCUGAUGAAUUGAUGGUCAAUGAGAUAGUGUAUCUCAAUGAGCGGAAGGUCAUACCAAACAAACUCGAUGCGACUACAGCUAGUGAGAACUUGUGGUACUUAGAUAAUGGAGCCAGUAACCACAUGACUGGAAAUCUCGAGUAUUUUUCAAGGAUUGAUCGAAGCAUAACCGGGAAGAAUGGUGAAAGCAAGACGAUCUCUGACGUGUACUACAUUCCCAAACUACGAAGCAAUAUAAUAAUGCUUGGACAGGCUACCGAAUCCGGCUGUGAAGUAACAAUGAAGGGAGACUUGCUAUUCUUAUAUGAUCAUGACAGCAAACUUAUUGUAAGGGCAAAACGUGCACCAAAUCGUCUAUACAAAGUAGAGAUGGAGAUAGAGAAUAGGAGGUGCUUACAGCUGGUUCAUCACAAAGAAUCAUCAAAGUGGCAUUCACGUUUGGGUCAUGUUGGUUUAACCAAUCUGAAACUAAUGAUAGACAAGGAGCUAGUAACUGGUAUGCCUCGUUUUACAGUGGAGAAGGAGACAUGCGAAGCCUAUCUGCGAGGGAAACAAAUAUGA